AUGUCAAAAGAGGAGGUUAUAAUUUUGGACUGUUCGCUUAGCCCAUUUUGCAAUAGGGUUAAGAUUGCUUUGAGUGAGAAGGGAGUGAGUUAUGAGAGUAAGGAAGAGGAUUUGUUUGGUUCCAAAGGUGGGAAAAGUGAGUUGUUGCUCAAAUCUAACCCUAUUUAUAAGAAAGUGCCUGUUCUCUUACAUAACGGUAAGCCAUUGAAUGAAAGCUCCAUUAUUGUUAGCUAUAUUGAUGAGACAUGGCCUUCUUCUUCCCCACUUCUUCCUUCCUCGCCCUACGAGAGAGCUCAAGCUCGGUUCUGGAUUGACUACAUCGACAAAAAGGUAUUUGAUGUGGGUUCCAAGAUUUGGAGAAGCAACGGAGAAGAGCAAGAGGAAGCCAAGAAAGAGUUGAUAGAGAUUUUGAAGCAAUUGGAAGAAGCUUUAGGGGACAAAGAUUUCUUUGGAGGUGAAAAGUUUGGGAUUGUGGAUGUGAUAGCAAUCCCAUUCACAAGUUGGUUCUAUGCUUAUGAGAAAGUUGGGAACUUCAAAGUGGAAGAAUGUUGCCCUAAAUUCUCAGCUUGGGAAAAGAGGUGUUUGCAAAAGGACACUGUUUCAAGUGUUCUUCCUUGCCCUGAUAAGAUUUAUAACUUUAUCACCUCCAUGAGAAAGAACCUUGGACUUGAAUAG